AUGGACUUCAUCAUGAAACUGCCUCGUACAAAAGACAACCAUAACUCUAUUUGGGUUAUCGUAGACAGACUGACGAAAUCAGCUCGUUUUCUUCCGAUUCGUGAUGACUACUCGCUGGAGAGACUUGCUGAGAUCUAUAUAGACGAUAUUGUGACCAAGUACGGUGUCCCUUUAUCAAUUGUGUCCGAUCGAGAUCCUCGCUUCACAUCUGACUUUUGGCAGUCACUUCAAGAGGUUUUAGAGUUCAGAGGGAGUUGGGAUAAACAUCUCCCAUUGAUCGAGUUCUCGUCCAAUAACAUCUAUCACACUAGUAUUCAGUGUGCACCGUUCGAGGCAUUAUAUGGGCGUAAUUGCAAAUCACCACUUUGCUGGCUAGACGCCGGUGAAAGAAGCUGGAUGAAGCUCCCAGUUGUACAGUUUACUAUAGACAAAAUAGCUGUUAUCAAAGAAAAGCUUAAAGCUGCUCAAGACAGACAAAAGUCCUAUGCGGACAAACGCCGUAAACCUUUAGAGUUCCAGGUAGGCGAUAAAAUUCUAUUAAAAGUUUCCCCAUGGAAAGGUACUUCCUGGUUCGGCAAGAAGGCAAAUUGGCGCCUCGGUACAUCGGACCUUAUAAGAUCAUUAAACGUGUGGGACCAGUAG